AUGACGGAGCCGCCCCCCCCGCCCGGGGCCGCGCACGCGUGGGGCGGCCCGGGGAGCCCCGCGCGCGGCGCUGCGCGCGGCGCUGCCCACGGGCCCGGCCCCCGGCCGGCGGAGGGGCCCCCGGGGGGGCGGGGCGGGGCGGCGGCGGCUCGGGGCGCCGGAGUCCCGGGCGCGGGGGCCGCGCUGCCGGCCGGGGCGGGGGGGCCGCGGCGCCUGAGCCCGCUGUGGGAGGAGGCGGCGGCGGCGGCGCGGGAGCUCGCCGGGCUCGCGGGAGCGGCGGGCGGCGGGCAGCGGGAGGCGGCUUCCCCCGAGACCCCGCUCUUCCGCAGCUUCUUCGCGGCCGAGUGCCUGGCCAUCGCGCGGCAGCUGGAGCGGCCGGGCCCCGAGCUCUCCGGCAUCGCGGCCGAGCCCCUGCCCCUGGAGGCGCCCUGGUCCCCGCUGGGGGAGCGUCGGGCGGCCGGCGAGCCCGGGGCGGGCGGCGAGCCCGGGGCGGGCGGCGGCCGGAGCCCGGGGGCCACAGGGGCGGUCCUGCCCGCCGGGCCCGGGGAGCCCUGCCCGGGAAGGGCGCCGGGAGAUGCGGAGCGGAGGGGGCUGCCCGGCCUGCAGGCGCGGGCUCUGAGCGCCCUGAACCUGACCGCCGAGCUCCGGGGGCCGGCUCGGGCCGGCGCUCCCCUCGGGCAGACGACCUUCGAGAUCUCCGCGGCGCACCCGCUUGGGUCGACCGUGACCUUGGCUGUGGAAAGGGAGCUACUGGCCGAGCAGUCAAGCCUCAAGGACUCGGAGGUCGAUGAUCUGGAGCGGAGCAGGUCUGCUUAUAGAACCCACGAGCUGGACAUCGUCUCCAACGAAAGCGCGGUCUCUGUAGGCUCCAGCUCCUUUGCGACCUCCACGCCGCUGAUGGGACCCGCCAAGUUUCACUUUGUGACAGGUAGUCCCCUAGGAGAUGACUUGGAACAGAGGGACCCAAACCCCUCUAGGCGUUCGAUGCCCAGAGAGCUAACCUGCCCAGGUCAGGCUGGCUGUAAACCUGCAGCACCCAAGCUAACCCGGAGCCCCAUGCCCAAGUGCGGGAACCUACCUGAAGAGUCCUGUGGCAAGGUCACUCUCAAACCACCUCAGAGGGGUACUGCAUUGCCUGUGUCUUCUAGAAGCUGUACCAGUGCUGAAGGCCAAGCUGCUGUCAAAUCACUGCCCCUGGCCUUUACCACCCCAAGAACAAGCAGGAGUCUGGCCCUCGCUUCCUUUGAAUCUCGGAGAGCUUCUCGAGAGCUGCUGAGAGCAGGCCUGCCUCCAAGGAGCAGAGGCAUCUCCUUGGAGGGGAAAGCAACAAGACUGUCUCUAGGUAACUCCCGACCCAGCAUGCAGAAAGCAGCUGCCACUGGAAAAACAAGCCAGGGAUCCAACGUGGAGACCCAGCCUGCUGCCCAACUCCCUGCCAGCGGCACUGUGAAGCGGAGUGCUACAAAGCUACCUUGCAGUGACAAGUGCCCCUCAUCCCUCCGGCCUCCUGCCAAACUUCCAGGACUCAGUAGCGGCAGCAGACCCUUGCUCAUGGGAUCCCGGGUUUCUCUGGGUCCAGGGAUCCUCUGCAUGAGCAAAGAGGCUGGAGCUCCUGGAACCAAACUCCCAACUCACCAAGGUACCAGGAUAAGACUAAUGAAGCCCAGACCCAGCAGCGUGGAGCACACCAAUGGGACCCUGCAGCCAGCAUGCUCUCUUCCCACUGGGUAUCCAGGAGCCAGGUCCAGCCCCCAGGACAAAGAGACUGAAAGUGUCGCCAAACUUGGCUGCAACAAGCUGCCUGUUCGAAGGGCUGCCACUGCUGCGAUUCCUGCCAGGGCUCCCCACUCCCGGCUGAGACCAACAGGGAGGACAACAGCCUCCCCCAAAAGGCUCCCUUCCCCCAAGCGAGCUCGCCUAGGUAAAGACACUAACUCAGCAGCAGCUGCACAAGCCCUGGAGCCCAGUGGAGGAGAAGGGCUCUCUGUAGACACUGAGGACAAACCUGUGGGGCAAAACUUACCCAGUGCAGGUGGAAUGGCCCAGUCUCAGGCAGGUGGGAAUUCCCUAGCUCCUCUCAGUAGUUUCCUCCCUGACUCUGCCCUGGAGAGUGGAGGUGCAGCGCCCUCUAUGCAGCUUCCAGGUCAGCUGCUCUCCCAGGAGCUGCAGAGAGUAAGGAGUGAGCUGCAAAGAGUGAAGAAUGAGCUUGCUGCAAGAGAUGCCCAAUGUGAAGCCUAUCGAAGGACGAUCUCCUCCCUGGAGGCUCAGCUGAGGGCAGGCUCCCUCUCGGAGGGCUGGGGAGAGAAACAGGCCUGUGCCUUGGAAGGCGAGUGACAGUGAAGCAUGGAGGGUCUGUGUCUGCCUGUUACAAGAACCCGUCUAGCAGGCUCCUCGCAGGGGUGCGCUGCUCUGGAGAGCCUGAAGGAAAACCCUGCAGCCCAGUGCUGGGAGCGAGCGGUGACUGUUCUCACGGACACCUGUGGGGGGGAUGGGGACUCUUAAUUGUGGCUUUUGUUUUUUAAAAGUAAAUAAAGUUCUCUUCCUUCCCCUUG